GCCUGCGGAGGCCGCGGCUGCCCCUGCAGAGGGGGCCGAGAAAGAUGCGACUGCUGGUGCAGAUGCUGUGCCAGCAGCACCGGCGGCACCGACUGAGGAGGCCGCAGACGCCGGGGCAGAAAAGCCCGCUGCCCCGGCAGACGGGGCCGAGAAGGAGGCCGCAGAGGGCACCGAUGCGGUGCCAGCGGCAGCACCGACAGAGGAGGCGGCGGAUGGAGGGGCCGAGAAGCCGACUGAGGCCACGGAUGCGCCCAAGGACGGGGCAGACACGGAUGCGACGGCUGGUGCGGAUGCCGUGCCAGCAGCACCGACAGAG